AUCAGCGUGAGGGAGGGAGACAGAACAAAUCAACCUGCCUCUUUUGACUGAACAACGGAAUGGAAGAGCUGAGCUCCUAGUCACACUGACCAGAGAGGAGUUUUAUUUUUGGAGAGGGGAAGAAGGGAGCAGACAAGGGAAAUCGAAGAGGGACGAGGAGGAGAAAAAGCCUCGGCGUGGGGAUAGAUAGCAGAAAAAUGCUGUCAUGGGGAGAGGGGGGAGGGAGGCUACAGAAAGGAACAGGAUGAUACCAGGCAGGGUGGAGCGGAGCUGAGAUGUGGAGAUGACCAGUGGAAGAGACCAAAGAGAAUGGAUGACAGGGUAUGAAGAGCUGGGCUCUUCUCAUGGUUAACUCUCCUCUUCUCUGUACAUUUUUACCAGCAGGACCAAACCAAAACUGGACCAAACCAAAACUGGACCAAUCCAAAACUGGGGCACACCAGAAUCGUAGUCAUCUGCAGAGCUGGAGAACAUCCUAAAAUAACUUGGAAUGGGUGUACGCUUUCCAGACUUAAAACAUAUCAUUGUAUUUGACUGUGGGACAUAACUGUCAUCUAAUAUUCCUCUGCAUUUUGUUAUUGAAUGUGGAUGAGGAACACGUGUAGCACCUUUACUCAUCCGGUUUGGGAAAGUGAGGAGAGACAGUUGGAGGAUUGGAGUCAGAGUCUGAGGCACCAUGCAGUCUGACGACCUCUUCCUCCGCAAGUUCUGCCGGCAAAGGCCGCGACCCCCUCUGGCAACGGUCAACUUUGACUCUAAGCGGGAUGGUGGGGUACGGGCGCGGGUGCUGGCAGGGGAGUGGCCCCCGAGGAGGGACGGGGAGGGGGCAGAUGGGGAGAGCCUUACUAACCCGAACCGUGUGAGUCUGAACCUGAGGUCCGUGGGCCGAGGACACAUCAUGCAGAGAAGCAACAGUGACGUGACUCUGGGUGACCUGGACUCAUCUGGUAAGGUGGGAGGGAAGGCCACACGGGCGGUGGGGGAGAAGGCAGGUGCCGGGGCUCAGGGGGACUCAGGGGUGGUGCUGCACAGGGAGUAUGGCAGCCUCUCCUCACUGGAGAGACAGACAGGUCUGUCAGGAACACAGGAGCUCAGUGCAGACGACCAGGGAGCUCUGAGCCCCAACGCCCUCCGCUUCAAAGACCCCUUCCUGCUGCUGGGUCUGCAUGCAACACCCCCAGAACCAGACGGCUUCUUCAGGGCUCUUUCCGCCCCCACAGGAGAAACUCCAAAACCAGCCAAGCCCCCCAAGCCUGAGGGGCUGAGCAAGAAGGUCAAGCCUUCACCCCCACAGAUCCCCCAACCAGGUCCUUAUGACAACCUGGGAGGCGGAGCCUGGGUCAGGAACUUUGCCCACUAUGAUGUUCAGAGCAUUCUGUUUGACCUCUUGGAAGCAGCCAGCAAUCGGGACAGCAUUGGCCGCAAAAAGAACAUCACCUCAGGGGCGUCGGCCGCCUCAACGAUGCGCCCCCUCACCCAGGCCACACCCUCCUCCCCCUCGCAGGGUGGGGGUAGUGGUGGGGGGGCUAUGGAGGACCCUGACCAGUGUCUGCUGGACGAGGGAGAUGGGAACGACAACGAGCUGCUGCUCAGCUGCCCCCACUUCCGUAACGAGAUGGGGGGUGAGGAGCGGGCGGGCCUGGGGAAUACACAGGGAAGAGGGUGCCUGUGGCUGAGCCUGAGGAACCCCAACGAUGCAGUGUCAGUACUGGAGGAACCCAGAGAGAGCCACGUCCAACAGCAGGGCAAGAGCAACUACUUCAUAGAACACGCAGACCUGGGAGCCCACUACUACCGCAAAUACUUCUACAUGAAAGAUCAUCAGAACUUCUUUGGUAUAGAUGACCGCCUGGGUCCAGUGGCCAUCAGCUUCCGUAGAGAGGAGAAGGAGGGGUCCAGUGGAGCUCAGUAUAACUACAGAAUCAUCUUCAGAACCACUGAGCUGAAGACUCUGCGAGGCUCCAUCCUGGAGGAGUCCGUGCCGUCAGCGGCCCGCCACACCACCCCGCGUGGCCUGUCUCCCAAGAGGCUCCUGGAGUUCAUCAUCCCUGAGCUCAACCUCCACUGCUUGCGUCUGGCCUCCACCUCGCCCAAGGUCCGAGAUACCCUGCUCAAGCUGGACGAACAGGGGCUGAACUUCCAGAGGAAGGUGGGGGUGAUGUACUGCCGUGCAGGCCAGAGCUCUGAGGAGGACAUGUACAACAACGAAAGCUCUGGGCCGGCUUUCGAGGAGUUCCUGGACCUGUUGGGGGAGCGAGUGAAGCUUAAAGGCUGGGAGAAGUACCGCGCUCAGCUGGACACCAAGACGGACUCCACGGGGAUCCAGUCCCUCUACACGCGCUACCAGGACUAUGAGGUCAUGUUCCACGUGUCCACCAUGCUGCCCUACACGGCCAACAACACACAACAGUUGCUGAGGAAGAGGCACAUUGGGAAUGACAUAGUGACCAUAGUGUUCCAGGAGCCAGGGGCUUUGCCCUUCACUCCUAAGGCCAUUCGCUCCCAUUUCCAACAUGUCUUCAUCAUCAUCCAGGUGGAAAAGUCCUGCUCUGACCACACCUACUACAGGGUGGCGGUAACACGCUCCAAAGACAUCCCGUUAUUCGGGCCUCUGUUCCCUAAGGGUGCUCGAUUCCCCCGUUCCCCUGCCUUCAGAGACUUCCUGCUGGCCAAGGCGGUGAACGCUGAGAACGCUGCCGAGAAGGCGGAGAAGUUCCGCUCCAUGGCCACGCGUACACGGCAGGAGUACCUGAAAGACCUGGCAGAGAACUACGUGACCACCACGCCAAUCGACUCCUCCACCAAGUUCCCCCUGCUGUCCCUAGGGGGAAAGCGCAAAGACAAACUGAAGGGGGCCAAGGGAGCAGAGCUGCACAGUGCUGGGGCGCUCGUCUGGGCUGUCAGGGCCACCAGUGGGAAUGAGGAGGAGACAGGAGGACAAAAGCUGCCCUGUCUACUGGGGGUCUCAGCUGAAUCAGUGGUGCUGAUCGAGAGAUACACACGGAGGGUGGUGUUCAACUGCUGCUGCCGCGACGUGAUUGGCUGGAAGGCGGUGACAGACAGCAGGGCCAUGGGUGGGCCUUGCCUGGAUAUCUUCUAUGAGAGGGGGGAGGCAGUGUCAAUCAGUGUGAUGGACAGCCAGGCAGAGGAGAUACGGGAGAUGGUGCAGAGACUAGAGCUGGUGACGCGGGGCUGUGAGGCGCGGGAGGUGACCCCGCUGCGUGACGGGGUGGGCCAGCCAGGCUUCCUGAUGAGCGAGGAGGGCUUUGUGACAGACCUGCAGCGAUUCGGCUAUGCGGAGAGUGGGGGUCUGCAGCUGGGGGCGCGGGUGGUGCGACUGUGUGGUCACGCCCUGGUGCACCUGGGGCCGGAGGAGAGGGCCAGACUGCUCCGCACUGCCCACAAGAUCCACAUCACCGUCAUCCCUCCAGACGAGAACGGCAAGCCCCGCAGGAGUUUCUCCGAGUUGUACCAGAAAGCCAUCCAGGAUGCAGAACGUAAGCCUGGGGAGGGCCAGUCUGGAGAGGCCUGGGUACUGGACGAGAGGGAGGAGGAGGAGGAGCUGGAGGAAGAGGAGCGUGAACAGGGAGAGGGAAAGGAGGCGGAGACGAUGGAGGGACCAGCUGAGGGAGGAGAGGCUGAGGACAGGCCGUCAGAGAUGGGACAGGGUGAGGAGGACCAGGGGGACCAGGGCUCCCUUUUCUCCACACCCAGCCUGCCUAUUUUACGGGCCACCUCCCUGCAUGACCACCCCCCCAACCAGACCAUGGAGGCGAUCAGCCACUCCCAGCUAACACGCAGCUACUCCUUAGAGUACUCCCGGGACAUGUGUGGCGGGCAUGUGUAUGACAACGUGGGUGUGAAGAUGGAACGUCACAUCUAUGAGAACCCAGGAGAGCUGAGAGACGCCACGCCUGACCUCAUCCUGGCUGUUAAACCCAAGGUGCCCCUGGACGAGGAGCAGUUUGUAGGGGCUGAGCUGGGUGAGGAAAGGAUGUUAGUGAGGGACCCUUCCCUGUCCUCCGCCCGGUUGUCGUGUCUGGACAGAACAGAGAGGAACUCCCGAGCUUUGAGCCUACACAACUCCAUCACCAAGAUCCUGUCCGAGAACACAGAUUCCUCAGAGGAGGAGUGGCAGUCGAUAGCUGAUCUAGCCGCCGCCUGUCGCGGCAUCCUGGAGGCCUUGUCACAGGAAGAUCGUAAAGCAGGAGAUGGGACCCAAGGAGCAGACUCCCUGACAGAUGGCAAGCUAAAGGACAUGAAGGACAGUGACUCCCCUGGCCACAUGGAGAAGGUUUCCCAGCUGGAGGACAUGCUGAAGAGGCUGCAGGACGACCUGCAAAAGUCUUGUCCACUCAAUGCAGCCACCCCUCACCCACCUCCACCCAUACCCAGCCCCCUCUCACCCCUCCAUCCAUCCCAGCCAUGGUGGUCUGACAGACGGAUGUUGUUGUGUGCCGCUCCCUGGCAGGAGAAGGAGGACAAGGCGGUGCUGCAGGCCGAGGUGCAGAGCCUCAGGCAGAAUAACCAGCGGCUGCAGGAGGAAUCCCAGAGCACCGUGUCCCGCCUCAUCAAAGUCACCGAGCUGCUGUGCAAUGUCAACAAGCCCUGUUAGCUCCACCACAGUGCACACUGUGUACACACACACACACACACACACACACACACACACACACACACACACACACACACACACACACACACACACACACACACACACACACACAAACAAACACACACAGAUAAUCGCACACAGAUCACAAACACACUGCGCAUUAAAUAUUGUAUAAAAACACACCAGCACAGUACAUCAACCUGCUCUACACCACACAUGCAUAAGACUCCUCAUUCUGUAGGAUGACAUUUUACCUCUGGGCAAGCCCAUGAUGAGGGCAGAGUCAACUCAAAAAACAACUCUGAAACAUUUCUCACCAUCUGAUAGUCCUCCCAAUAGAUUGACUAAUGGUUGUGCUUUACCCAAGAGUGUGUUUUGUACCUUGAGUGUGCGCAAGUGAGUGUGUGUGUGUGUGUGUGUGUGUGUGUGUGUGUGUGUGUGUGUGUGUGUGUGUGUGUGUGUGUGCGUGUGUGUGUGUGUGCCGUCACUAUGUUUCUUUUAUUUUGCUUCACAUACUUGACAAGUUGGGCAGAAUAGCAAUUGCUUAAAACAACCCAGUUGAUUUAGAUGAAGAGGCACGUGUGCAGCAUGUUUGGUGGCUGUUUAUUUCCAUUGACACAAAGCGUGUGUGUAUGUCUCAUGAGGUACGUAUGUAAACAGUAGUCUCCCUCUCUGCUCAACCCACGCCAUGGACCGAGAGCAGUUCAGCUGGGCACCCUUAGAGUGGAGGGCCUUGGAGCUACAUAUUACACAGGGAGAAAGGAAGAUGAAGAUUGCAUGCCUGCAGGCAGCCUGCUGGAAAAGAUGGAAUGAUGCAUACUGACCCUGCCUCUCUCUGCCAACAUUCACACGGAAUGGUUCAUUCAUUGGGUCGAGACACCAUUCUCUCCUCUCCAUACCUCCUCAGCUUAAUUUCAAGGGUGGUGGACUUGAGUAUUCCACGUCUGCUUCCAGUGAAUGAGACACAAUUUAUUUAUAAGGGAAACCGAUAUUCAAGUGGAUAAUACCUCUGCUGAGGAUGAAACAAUGGGGGAGAUCCUCGUCAUCCCUGAAAGACUGGCUGUAGAAGCUAUGCUGUAGAAAGUGCACCUCCUGCUGGACUGAACCAUGCAUUGUCAUAAGGCAGCUCUCCUUUUAGACAAAACUAUUGUAGGGAUUUAAUGUGAACUGGACAGGAUUUCUUUAGUGAACACAGCCUUCUGUGUUACAAUAUAUGUUGUGUUUGAUGGCCACAAUGACAAUUCAGUGUAUUUGAAAUGAAUCCAGAAUGGAGUGGUUACCUGUGGGUGAGGGAUUCCCACAUUUCACCCUAAUGUUUUUGUCUGUGUACCUACUGUAUGUGUGUUUCUGUGUUGUUCUUGCACUUUUAGCAUCACCUAUAUCGGCAUGGGACAGGGCACAUAUUUAACCUCCUGCCCAGAUUCAUGCCUUGCUUGAAACAUUUAAGUGGAUUUGAUCUCACCACUUCACCUCACCCCACCUCACCUUCAGGUCCACUGCUGAUGACGCCAAUAACAAUGUGAGAUCAGAGGAGAACGGGAUUAUUCCUCCUCCAAGACUGUUCUGCCAAAAGAUGCCAAGGCAGCUCUCCUACACCCAACUCAAACCACUGGACCCAGCUGUGUUGUACAGCUCUGUAAGGGAUGCCAAACAAAAAGCUAUUGUUUGUUGUAUAUACUAUUUUACUUCCUCUUGUAAUUUUAUUUUAGAGUCACUGUGAUUACCCGGUACCAGCAGAUAAUGAUAUAUUCAAAUUAAAUUAUAAAUCUAAACUUUAUCUAUAUGUGAAGACAACAUGUACAGCUGAACUGCUCAGUGCUACUUAGUACAUUUGGUUGUGUAUGCCCUCAAUUGCAGGAUGGUUUAAUAUGGAGACUAGUGUAAAUGUGCCCAAACAGGCAGUUUGAGCCAGGCUGUUUAAAAUGGUGAUGCCUUGUUGUUGGAAAUGAUUAGCAGAGUGGAGAAGUGUAAGAAUAUCUGAUGUUUUACUGUGUUCUUCUGUAUAGUUCUGUAGAUUGUAGGAGGUUGAUGAAGCAUGAUAAUGCACCAGGUCACUUCCUAGCUCCCCUCUCUGUGUGUGUGUAUGUAUGUAAAAAAAAAAAAAAAACAUGUAAUAACUUAUUAAUCUUGCAAAUGUGGAAUUCCCUGUUAGAUGUGUCAAUACAAGGGGAGGGAGGCAGCAAUUAGAUGUGCUAUAAAGUUCAAAUGGUAUGAUAGGGGUUGGUUUUAAGGAAGAAUCUGUUUUUAUAUGUACAUUCAAAUACAAGAAGGCAAGAGGUCAAAUAUUUCUGCAGUGUCAUAGUAUUUCUUGGGGAAACGAUAAUAGCUAUCGUUAUCAUUCUAGUAUUGAGCUAUUCAUUCAGAGCUCCUACGUUCACGUUCAAUAAGGUCUCUAAUGCCACUAGGUACGCCUUAAAGAGUGACUCUGGGACUCUCCAGAGAGGACAGGACAGACAACAUGGUCAGACUGGUUCAUGUGAAGGCUUCUCUCUCAGACAUUGUGCCUACCUGAAAUUGUAAUGUAUGGUAACUCAGCGUGGUGUCUUCAUGGUCAUUGUUUUCAGGCAGUGUCGGGUUGUCCUGUAUCCUGCAGGAUAGACAGGUGUGUCUGCCACAUGACAGUGGUAGAUGUAGGGUUGGUUGGUAUGGGGUCUCUCCAGGGUCUGCUCGUCAAUCCUCCCAGAGGAUCUGUGGCCAUUAAAUCAAAAAGAUGGGUUUAGGGACCCCAGGAAAGUGUCAUAAAGGUUAUAUGAAGACGAUAUGAAGUGUGUUUGCUUGUGUUUGGUUAAAGGAAAUGAUCCACAUAGUGCUGGUUUAAGACCAACAUCUCCAACCUUAUUGAAUCACAAUCAUUCGAUGCAUAAAAACAUAACUUUCCACAAUCAUUUGGACAUGAACCAUCCAGUGCACUUUGAACCCCCAUUUAUGUAUCACAAAAAGUAUCCCUGAGUGACUCCUAACAACACCUUGUAUGCCUGAGUGACCCCUAACAACACCUUGUAUCCCUGAGUGACCCCUAACAACACCUUGUAUGCCUGAGUGACUCCAAACAACACCUUGUAUGCCUGAGUGACCCCUAACAACACCUUGUAUCCCUGAGUGACCCCUAACAACACCUUGUAUGCCUGAGUGACUCCAAACAACACCUUGUAUGCCUGAGUGACCCAUAACAACACCUUGUAUCCCUGAGUGACCCCUAACAACACCUUGUAUGCCUGAGUGACCCAUAACAACACAAUGCAGAUGGUAACAAUGCAGUAGUCCUUUCACUCACCUGCUCUAGGCUACAUCAGCUGGCAAACGAUCUCCACCCAGCCAAUAGUAAACCUGUGAGAAUGAUCCCUGGUAGAGACAUUGUGGUUGUUGCCUCCUCCCAUCCAUGCUGUAGGAGAGGAAACCAAUGACCAGUUUUUUUUUCUUUUAUCCUCUUAUUUGUUUGCCUUAUAUGUCAUUGCAUCAUCCUUACAGGAAACCACUGCUCUCCGUACAGUGUGUGCCCUACUCCCACCUUGUCAUCUCUUUGCUGCUGUUGUAGAAGGCGAUGCAUUCAUGUGGCCAUACAGUAAGGAUGAUAGAAUACAGUACAUUAUUACCAGUGGAACCACACAUAACAUCACAUCCCCAGUGUAGGUUUAUGGGAGGCCUGGCCACACGUUGCUCAUGUCACAACGGUAGCACGCACUAUGCACUCUGCUCAGCCAGUUAAAGAGCUGACGUUACCAUAGCCAGGCAGUGGCACACUGAGGGAAUGUGCUGUGACAAAACAUGGUUUCAGCAUGAUGCCACCUUCACCUGUUAUGUCAUCCACGAGAAGAGUAAAUUGACUAAAUGUUGUUCAUGUACUGUGAACUGGAGGGCUCAUGGCAAUAAAGAUUCCUCUGUACCUUU